AUAUCUAUCUAUAUCCAUUAUCCACAUGUGAUGUGAUGAUUAUCCCCCCACACAAAAACUCAACAUGACAAUGGCGGUUCUCAACUUCACCUUGUUAUCAUCAUGUCCUUCCAAACCCCAAAUACUUCAAAUCCUUAAUUCUUCUUCUUCACAGUCGUCACAAGGGCAAACCAAAGUCAAAGUCAAAGUCAAUGACGAUCCUUGCAUAAGCUUUGGGGAAUCAAUAAUGUCCAAAGCAUGCAUAACAGCUCUCAUUUCUGCUUCUCUGUUUUUCACUGUUGAUCCUGCUCUUGCUUUUAAGGGUGGAGGACCUUAUGGUCUUGGUGUGACGAGGGGACAGGAUCUUAGCGGAAAGGAUUUUAGCGGCAAGACUUUGAUCAAGCAGGAUUUCAAAACGUCAAUAUUGAGGCAAGCUAAUUUCAAGGCUGCAAAGUUACUUGGGGCUAGCUUCUUUGAUGCAGAUUUAACAGGAGCUGACCUUUCCGAUGCUGACCUUAGAGGGGCGGAUUUCUCCUUAGCACAAGUUACAAAGGCGAAUCUGACAAAUGCUAACUUGGAAGGAGCACUUGUUACUGGGAACACAUCUUUCAAAGGAUCAACCAUAACAGGCGCAGAUUUUACCGAUGUCCCUCUAAGAGAAGAUCAAAAGGAAUAUCUUUGUAAAAUUGCAGAUGGGGUGAACCCGACCACAGGUAAUGAAACGCGCGAGACCUUGUUUUGCAAGUAGCCCUAGUUAAAAGACCAUUCUUCAGAUUUUUCCGUGUUUUGCUCGUAUGAGAUCUUGUGAAUACUGCUAAACUGUAUCAUUCUUUUGAUUUAAUAUUGGAGAGUUUUCUCUCAUCUGGUGGCUGGUUGAGAUUAUCUUACAUAUGUAGGUGUUCAAACUACAGUUUGUGUUUUGGUUCCAUCUCAAGUUCAUGUAAACGCGAUGAAAGUGUGAAAAACGAUUACGAUCAUAUCCUGUGUACAUUCGAGUCCAAAAACUUGUCAUUUUCACAUAUCUGAAUUCUGAACAUGAUGAACUUAUUUCA